AAGGUUGGUAACGCUCAGUCCGCUCCGCUCAGCUGCCGGCGUGCUAACCUCACUCUGCCGUCCUCGUCCGUACACUGGUGAUCGCAGACCGCAAGAACAAACAUGAGGGAAAUCGUUCAUCUCCAAGCUGGACAGUGCGGAAAUCAGAUUGGAGCCAAGUUCUGGCAAGUGAUAUCCGAGGAGCACGGUAUCGACCCUACAGGCAAGUACCAAGGUACAUCAGAUCUGCAGCUUGAGAGGAUUAACGUCUACUACAAUGAGGCCUCAGCGAGCAGGAGUGGCAACUGUGGGAAGUACGUGCCAAGAGCCAUCCUGCUGGAUUUGGAACCAGGAACUAUGGAGAGUGUGAGAUCCGGAGUGUAUGGAGAGCUGUUCCGGCCAGACAACUUUGUGUUUGGCCAGAGCGGAGCAGGCAACAACUGGGCUAAGGGGCACUACACAGAAGGCGCUGAACUGGUAGAUGCUGUGCUGGAUGUGGUCCGCAAAGAGGCGGAGAAUUGUGACUGUCUUCAGGGAUUCCAAUUGACACAUUCCCUGGGGGGAGGCACCGGCUCCGGGUUGGGCACUUUGCUCAUAUCCAAGAUCCGGGAGGAGUAUCCUGACAGAAUUAUGAACACAUAUUCUGUCAUGCCUUCGCCUAAGGUGUCUGAUACAGUGGUAGAACCGUACAAUGCUACUCUAUCAGUCCAUCAACUGGUAGAGAACACAGACGAGAGCUACUGCAUCGACAACGAGGCUCUCUACGACAUCUGCUUCCGCACGCUCAAACUGUCUAACCCCACCUAUGGAGACCUCAACCACCUAGUAUCCCUCACCAUGUCUGGCGUCACCACCUGCCUGAGGUUCCCUGGUCAGCUCAACGCAGACUUACGUAAGCUGGCAGUCAACAUGGUGCCCUUCCCUCGUCUCCACUUCUUCAUGCCCGGGUUCGCUCCACUUACAUCUCGUGGCAGCCAGCAAUACAGAGCUCUCACUGUGCCUGAGUUGACACAGCAGAUGUUCGAUGCCAAGAACAUGAUGGUGGCCUGCGAUCCCCGACAUGGAAGAUAUCUUACCGUUGCCGCAAUCUUCCGCGGCCGCAUGUCUAUGAAGGAAGUGGACGAACAGAUGUUGAACAUUCAGAAUAAGAACUCCAGCUACUUUGUGGAAUGGAUACCUAACAAUGUAAAGACUGCUGUGUGCGAUAUCCCACCGAUGGGGCUCAAAAUGUCCUCCACCUUCAUCGGCAAUACAACGGCAAUUCAAGAGCUCUUUAAGAGGAUAUCAGAACAGUUCGCAGCCAUGUUCAGGCGGAAGGCUUUCUUGCACUGGUAUACUGGCGAGGGAAUGGACGAAAUGGAAUUUACAGAGGCUGAGUCUAAUAUGAACGAUCUGGUCUCUGAAUAUCAACAGUAUCAGGAGGCUGGACCCGAUGACGAAUACGACGAGAACCUGGAAGAUGCCGACGAGACAGCACAGGCCCAGUACGAUUAGACCAGUUGAUGUAGUUUUGGUGAUGCAUUUUUGUAUUAAUCAUAAAUCCAAAACUUCGCUAAUGCUGCAAGAGUACAUUGUUGAAAAGAAUUAAACUCCAUUUGUGUUAUUUUGUAUUAGAUAAAUUAUAAAACAAUGGGAAUCCAAUGUCAUAAUUUGAAAAUGUUUUAUAUAUAUGUAAUAGAAUUAUAAGGUAAAAAAUAUAUUCAUAAAAAUAUAAUUUCUAUUAUAUAGUUAAAAAUUUUACGUAAUGUGAUUUUUAUAACUCAGUCACAUCCUUAUUCACAUUGCGAUUUUCAAGUGCCUUUUAAAAAUAAAAAAAUAAAUUUAUCUGUCUUACAAUAAAACCGUAAUAAUUGUGUUUCAAAUAUAUCUCUAGUUGAUCAUGAGUUAAUUCUAUUUCUUAAAAAUUGUUUUUCAGAUCUUUAAUCUCCAUUAAUUUUAAGUGUUAAUCUCAAACGGAAUAUUGUUGUAGUUAAGUGUAAUUUAUUGUAGAAAUAAGUAUUAUAUCUUUAAGAAUUAAGAGCCUUUAUUUAUAUAGAUUUUCUACUUUUUCAUAUUUCUAUAAUAAUAAAAUAUGUGAUUGUGUUUUA